AUGAUUACUCAAGACCUUCCCAUACUCAAGGGCAUCCUCAACGGCGAAGUCAAGUACCAUAAUGCACCGGUGCGAUUCGGCCGCGUUCCUAAGAGGGAAAAAGCCCGCAUCCUGGCCGCCAUGCAGCAGAGUACCAAUUCCAAGUGCCAGGAAAAAGCCCUCGCCGCAGAACUGGAGGAUGACUCCAGGCUCCUGAGGACGGUUGUCAAAGCUCACCUGGAAACCUGCGACUUCACGCGGGACAAGGUGGCCCCGAUGAUCCUCAGGGCAAGAGAACAGCCUUCUUUCACCGCAUCCCCGCCGACCCUGGCAUGCCCCCUCAACCCGAACCCUCAGCCUUUGACAGGCCAACAAGAACUCCUUCAAGACUUUUCAAAACGAUUUUCUCCAGCAAUCCGUGGAGUCGUCGAGUUCGCCAAGAGGAUCCCCGGAUUCUCGUUACUUUCCCAAGAAGAUCAGGUCACUCUCCUAAAGGCCGGUGUCUUCGAAGUAUUACUCGUCAGGCUCGCCUGCAUGUUCGAUACCCAAAAUAACUCCAUGAUUUGCCUCAAUGGACAAGUUUUGAAGAAGGACUCCAUUCACAGUGGCUCUAAUGCCAGGUUCCUGAUGGAUUCCAUGUUUGACUUCGCAGAGAGGUUGAAUUCGCUCAAACUGACCGAUCCGGAGAUUGGCCUCUUCAGCUCCAUUGUUGUCAUUGCACCUGAUCGACCAGGAUUAAGAAACACAGAGCUUAUUGAAAAGAUGCAGAAUAAGCUGAAGUCUGGUCUCCACAUGAUGAUGGCUCAAAAUCACCCUUCCCAACCAGGCCUCGCCCAAGAACUGAUGAGGAAGAUUCCAGACCUCAGGACUCUGAACACCCUCCACAGCGAAAAACUUCUCGCUUUCAAAAUGACAGAACAACAACACCUCGCCGAACAACAGCAUGAGAUGUGGGGUUCUAUGGUAGGAGAAGAGGAGAGCAAGAGUCCUGGAACAUGGAGCUCAGGAAGCGAACUUGGAAUGGAAGAAGUGAAGAGCCCGCUCGGUUCAGUCUCCAGUACUGAGAGCAUGUGCUCAGGUGAGGUAGCAAGCCUCAACGAAUACCACAGCCAUGCUGCGUCAGCACCCCUCCUCGCGGCAACGCUUGCUGGCUGUCCGAUGCGACACAGGGAUCAUGAAAUGAAGGUGCCGCACAGGUUCAGGAAACUGGACUCCCCCAGCGACUCGGGGAUUGAAUCGGGCACAGAGAAAGUGGACAAGAUGACAAGCAGUGCACCAACUUCAGUAUGUUCAUCCCCUAGGUCAUCUGUAGAAGACAAGGAAGACCACCAUAUCGAAGAUAUGCCUGUCUUGAAGAGGGUACUUCAAGCUCCACCUUUGUAUGAUACCAACUCACUAAUGGAUGAGGCUUACAAACCGCACAAGAAGUUCAGGGCAUUGAGGAAAGAGGAAUCAGACGGCGAUCAGAACUCGACGAGUUCGCUAUCGAUGACCCAUUCAACCCUGGCGAGGUCACUGAUGGAAGGACCCCGGAUGACCCCUGAGCAGAUGAAGAGGACGGACAUCAUCCACAGCUACAUCAUGCGGGGGGAUCACUAUUUUGGCCAACAGAGCGUCAUCACCACCACGGCCAGCCGCGGCUCCUACGUAAUCGUCAACGCCCCCACCCCUCCCCUCUACAUCCCUUCGGUGUCACCUUCGUCCACUUCCAGCCUCGUGGAGCUCCAAGUCGGGACGCAGCCCCUCAACCUCUCCAAGAAGACGCCUCCGCCCUCUCCCCGGCCCAAGGCAUUAUCAUUAGAGGCGUAG